AUGGUGAUGACUGAAUCUGACUUACAUAGGUUCUUGAUUGCUAUAGCCAUAUGUGUGGCGAUUUUAAUGUACACUAUUAUGAGAACAAGUAUUCUUAAUAUUUAUACACCUUUUCUUGAAGAAAACAAGCCUGUAAUUCGAACGGAUGACCAUAAAGCCUGCCAAAAAGCUCAUGUUUGCGAUCCAAUAUCAAAUGUCCUGAAGAAAAAAGUAAUACCGGACCCUAAUAUCAGAGAAACUACGUGCAAUUGUUGUUUCGAACAUAAUUUUGAUUAUUUGAUCAAUAAUCGAAACAUUUGCAAAACGUCUGGAUCUGAUCAGAAUAUUGACCUAUUUAUGAUGAUUUUCACGGAGCAUGUUAAUUUUGAAAAGAGGCAAACCAUUCGACAAACAUGGUUGACUAUUGCUAAUGGUAACACGGCUAACGUGCGGUAUGUGUUUUUGUUGGGAAAAGUGAAAGAUGAACUACUUACUAAAGAUGUUGCUCAAGAGAAUAUACUUUACCAAGACAUUUUGAAGGAGGACUUUGUUGACACGUACGAAAAUCAAACUCUUAAAACAAUUAUGGGAUUUAAAUGGAUUGCAAAAUAUUGCCGCACAGCUAAAUAUGUCAUGAAAAGCGAUGACGAUACUUUUAUAAAUGUUCCGAACCUAUUGAAAUAUAUCAAAAAAUCUGGCAAGGAUCUUCAGAAACAACUGGCGGGGUCAUGUAGUAACGAUGGACCAAUCAGAGAAUUAGAUUCUAAAUGGUAUGCAUCAGAACAGGACUAUAAAGAAAGUUUAUACCCGUGGCAUUGCUCGGGAAGUGGCUAUUUUACAAGUUUUCCAAUAAUAGAAAAGAUAUAUAAAAUAUCGCCAUAUGUACCAUUUUUCUGGAUUGAAGAUAUUUACGUUUCCUUAUGUUUCAGAAAAGUUGGUGGAACUGUAAGACAUGUAGAUUGCACCGUAACAUACAAAGGCUAGAUCCAUGUUUGUAUAAGGGUGAUAAAUUAUUCACGUCACAUGAAGUUACACCUGAAAUGAUGAGAAAGAUUUGGAAUGCUAAGUGCAAAACUGCUCCAUAUAAACAUAUAAAUACAACUGUAGGUACCAGAUAGAUAGUGUAUAGAAGAUAGCUGCUACAAAGUUAGAAUUAUUCAAAACAAGAGCUGUCUGUAAGACGGCACGUUCGACUUUUCUCAGUGCUUGACUCUGAAUUAGAGCUUUGCCAGUAGAAAAAAAAUCCAAGUUAAAAAGGGACAUAACUCUGUCAAAAUUCAAAUCAGAGUUAUGGGAAUUGUGUCUCCUGGUGUAGACUUUGAUAGUAAAUAACUGUUGUGAGUUUAAA